CUAUAAUGACAAAUAAUACUUUUAAAUGUUUAUAAAGUAGUUUCGACACUUAUGCAAAGAAAAUAAAGCAUAACGUGAGGUAUAUAUAGGGCAGCAUUUAACAAUUUACUUCAGAAUAUCGCCGAAUACAAUUUAAUUAAUUUCGAAAAAUCGAGGCACGAAUUGAAAAAUUACAACAUCUAAAAUGAAACUCUAUUUCCUUACCAUUCUUCUGAUAGGUUAUCUAAGUAAUUUAGAUAAUGUCGAUUCAAUGUUUAUUGAGUCCUUGGAAUCAUUCUCUGUCAACUUGUACAAGACAGUAGCAAGACACGAAUCAGGAAACGUUUUAUUAUCUCCCUUGAGUGCAAACUUAGCUUUAAGUAUGGUUGUACUCGGAGCUAGAGGAAAUACAAAAAGAGAAUUACUCCAAACUCUCUAUUUAGAAGAUCACGAUGCACAGAUCAAAUAUGAUUAUAGUAGUCUUUACUAUACGCUGCCUAAUGUCAAUAGCUCAGAACUUAAUAUUUUGAAUAAAGCGUUUAUCAGUACCAACCUGAAUGUUAAGCAAACCUAUAAAGAUGUAUUAACACGGUAUUUCCAUGCAGAAGAAGAACAACUAGAUUUUUCUAAUGCAGGACAAGCAGCAAGAUCAAUCAACACAUGGGUGUCAAGAGGAACAAAUGGCAAAAUCAACCAAAUUCUGACUGCCGGCGAUUUGGAUGAAAAUACAGCCAUGGUUCUCACCAAUGUCGUUUACUUUAAAGGCGAAUGGCAAUACAAAUUCGAAGAUUUUAAUUAUCUCUACUUUAAUAGUGCUGACGGACAGAGAACUUUAGUACCAGGAAUGAAACAAGAAGUUGACAUAUCUUAUGCAAAUGUUCCUGCAAUAGGCGCAAGUUUUGUAGAAUUGCCAUAUAAGGGCAGUAGUGAUAUUAUAAUGCAGAUCGUACUCCCUAACUCUGAUGUGAGUCUUCAAGAAGUUGAAACAAAAUUAGAAACAAUAACACUACCAAACUUGAGAAAGGAAAGAUCUUCAAAAAAAGUUAUUAUUUACAUGCCCAAGUUUAAAUUUGAAAAAACCAUUGAAUUGAUACCUAUUCUAAAAGAGAUGGGUAUUCAAGAAUUAUUCAGCUACAGAUCGGAUUUAGGUGGAAUUACACAGCAGCUGCUUAAGGUGAACAAAAUUAAGCAGAAAGUUGUAAUUGAGGUCAACAAAGAAGGCUCUGAAGCUGCAGCAGCUACUGCUGUUGUGGCUGUCUUCAGAACUGCUUAUUCGAGAAGAGGCGACGGUCCAAUAAACUUUAGAGUUGAUCGUCCAUUCCAUUUUAGAAUUAUCAAAACAGGAGGUAGAAAUGACGGUAUUGUAUUGUUCUCUGGAAACUACAAAAGACCAGAAUAUUUACUUGCCUUUCUUCUGAUAGGUUAUCUAAGCAACUUAGAUAAUGUCGAUUCAUUGUUUAUUGAGUCCUUGGAAUCAUUCGCUGUCAACUUGUACAAGACAGUAGCAAGACACGAAUCAGGAAACGUUUUAUUAUCUCCCUUGAGUGCAAACUUAGCAUUAAGUAUGGUUUUACCCGGAGCUAGAGGAAAUACAAAAAAUGAAUUACUCCAAGCUCUCUAUUUAAGAAAUUUUACUGAUCGCCAGAUCAUAGAGAGUUAUCAUUCUCUUCACUAUUUUCUAGGAACAAAUGGCAAAAUCAACGAAAUUCUAACUCCCGGCGAAAUAGAUUCAAAUACAGCCAUGGUUCUCACCAAUGUCGUUUACUUUAAAAGCGAAUGGCAAUACAAAUUUAAAGAUUAUAAUCGUUUAUACUUCAAUAGUAGUAAUGGACAGCGUACCUUAGUACCAGGAAUGAAACUAAAAGUUAACAUAUCUUAUGCAAAUGUUCCUGCAAUAGGCGCAAGUUUUGUAGAAUUGCCAUAUAAUGGAAGUAGUAAUAUUGUAAUGCAGAUCGUACUCCCCGACAAUGAUGUGAGUCUUGAAGAAGUUGAAACAAGAUUAGAAGCAAUCACACUCCAAAACUUGAGAAAGCUAAGAUCUAUUCAAAAAGUUUCGAUUAUCAUGCCCAUGUUUAAAUUUGAAAAAACCAUUGAAUUGAUACCUACUCUAAAAAAGAUGGGUGUUCAAGAAUUAUUCAACUACAGAUCGGAUUUAAGUGGAAUUUCACAACAGUCGCUUAAGGUGGACAAAAUUAAGCAGAAAGUUGUAAUUGAGGUGAACAAAGACGGCUCUGAAGCUGCAGCAGCUACUACUGCUGUUGUGGCUUUAUACAGUUCUGCUAAUGCGGUAAACCUUGAUAUUCCAUUUAAGGUUAAUCGUCCAUUCCAUUUCAGAAUUAUCAAAACAUUUGGUAUAAACGACGGUGUUGUAUUGUUCUCUGGUAAAAUAAAAAUGUUAGGCUCAGUAAAUAGAGGUUUGUAAAAGUACAACAGUGUC